AUGUCUCAAAACCACCAUUCAGCCAACCUUGUUGAAGAUUUGGCCGUGCUUCGACCUCCAUAUGACCCUUUGCUUGUACCAGCAGUUGAGACCAGCAAGAAGUCACUGCCUGAUAUUCUUGAGCUUGAGUCCUUGCGCAACCUCAGCGGCGGGUUCGAACUCGCCAAGAUCCUUGAAGACUUCCCGAGCCUCGAUCAUGCCGAGUAUUCUGUUCCCGGUCUGAACCAGGGCGACCCAGAGGUCGUACUAUCCAUUCUCAGACCCAAAGACCCAAGCAACAAGCUGCUUCCAGCCUUCUACCAUAUCCAUGGCGGUGGUCAGGUGGCAGGCAACCGAUUCUCGGCAUUGGGGGUGGUCAUGGAAUACUUGGCCGGUAUCGAGACUGUCUUCAUUUCGGUUGAAUACCGACUUGCGCCUGAACAUCGUGCCCCAGCUGCCCUCCACGAUGCCUACGCCGGUCUCUUGUGGGUUGCCGAGCAUACAGCCGACCUUGGCAUCGAUGGCUCCAAGAUGAUCGUUUGUGGCGGUUCUGGCGGGGCGCCAAUUGCUGCUGGUACAACGAUGCUAUGCAGAAAUAAAGAGAAACCGUUUCCGGGCGCAUUGAUGCUUCUGACGCCAAUGCUGGACGACCGCGUUGAUACUGUAUCGUCAAAGCAGUUUGAAAAGGGUGCACCGUGGUGUGGCAUAACAAAUCGCAUGGCCUGGGACCACGUGUUGGGUUCUGAACGUGCUGGUCCAAGAGUUAGCGAGUUAAUUGCUCCAGCUCGCGCAACUGAUUUGACCGGACUGCCACCUACCUUUGUCGACGCAGGUGCUUGUGAGGUCUUUCGUGACGAGGCUGUCAGGUUUGCGUUGAAACUUUGGGAAUGCGGUGUGUCAGCGGAGCUUCACGUAUGGCCUGGGGCAUACCAUGGAUUCGACAUGCUAGGGGAGACUGCACCAGUUGCCGUGGCUGCGAGAAGCGCAAAGCUCUCUUGGAUAAAGAGAGUUGUUGCAUCUUGGGACGCGUAA